ACUUCUUUUACCUUCACCACCAUGGCCUCUCCAUUCCUUCAAGAACGCCAAGAACCCCAAGAAGAUUGGCUCGCACUCUCACUCUCGCUGCCCUACUCAUCAUCUCCUCUGCCACCACCUCCACCUCCACCUCCACCAGCACCACAACCUUUCCCUUUUCAAUACAUCCCACGCUUGCUGCGGGCACCAUCACCACCACGCCCGGCCCCUUUUCAAUUCAUCCCAUUACCACCACCACCACCAUCUCCAAUGCUACUACCAAUACAAUUCAUGUACACACGACACUAUCAAGAACCCUACUUUCCCGCACCACCACCAUACAUGCCACCACAAGAGCCUAAUACACUCGUCCCAAAAGACGGGUCCCCAUCACAAGAAGAAUCAAGCUCUGGAGAAGCCCAGCAUUCAAGAAGACCUCAGGCUUCAUCCUCUAACCCUCCUCCUCCACGAGCAGCCCGUCGCAGGAGGGACGUGAGGAGCGAGACGGUGCCUCCGCCAUUCCCAUGGGCCACGUCAAAGCGCGCCAUCGUCCACAGCCUCGAACAUCUCCGGUCGCAGGGCGUGACGGAGAUCACGGGGACCGUCACAUGCAAGCGCUGCGACGAGCAGCGCGACAUCACGUUCAAUUUAGAGGAGAAAUUCAGCGAGGUGGCGAGGUUCAUCGAGGAGAACAGGUUCGACCUGCAUGACCGGGCACCAGCGCAGUGGUCGAACCCUGUGCUCCCGACGUGCGAGCGGUGCGGCACGGAGAACAGCCUGAAGCCGGUGAUCACGAAGAAGAGGAGCAUCAACUGGUUGUUCUUGCUCCUGGGACAGAUGGUUGGGUGCUGCAAACUGGAGCAGUUGAAGUAUUUCUGCAAACACGCCAUGAAUCACAGGACUGGAGCCAAGGAUCGAUUGCUGUAUUCGACAUAUAUUGGAUUGUGCAAACAACUGCAUCCUGAAGGACCUUACGAGUAGUCAAUUACAGUGCUUAGUUUUUAUUUUUAAUUAUUAUCUUUUGUCUUCUUUGAUGAGUGAUCUGUUUGAGUCACUCUGUUUUUUUUUUCACCAUUUUUAGUUUUCGAGUUGUUGAAAUUCAAUAGAAUUGCGUUUUUUUUGGGUACAAGUGAUUCAAUUACAUUAAAUCUUUAGGAGAAAGGCUAGUAAAAAGGAUUUUUAAUUCAGUUAUGUUUUUUGUUUAUUUUUCCUCAAAUUCAGCGAGAGAAAUAGGAAUAUACUGUAAGAGA